GAUGACGUGUCAUGAACCGGUUGGAGAGAGGAGAACCUAUGGAUCCCACGCGGAAUAUUAUAAGGACAUAAAAUCAUUUGCUGAUAAGAACUAGUGAGUAAUAAUUACCCCGUUAAACCUGCGUUAAUUACCGGUUUACCCCUACGCGCGGCUCAAAGAUCUUCUUCUCUGUGUGGAUUCUUUCUUCCGUCUGGAAAACCCCAAAAACAAAAGAACAGCGAUCUUCGAGAACAGACUCGGAUCAGUCGAAAAAAGCUUUGGAAUUUGUUAUCUGGAUUUUUAAAUCUAUGGGUUCUGGGAAAGAGCGUGAUACUUUCGUCUACCUCGCUAAGCUUUCUGAGCAGGCUGAGCGAUAUGAAGAAAUGGUGGAGUCGAUGAAAAAUGUUGCGAAAUUGAACGUUGAUCUGACGGUGGAAGAGAGGAACUUGCUCUCUGUUGGGUACAAGAACGUGAUCGGCUCAAGGAGAGCCUCGUGGAGGAUUUUCUCGUCGAUCGAACAGAAAGAAGCGGUGAAAGGGAACGAUGUGAAUGUAAAGAGGAUCAAAGAUUAUAUGGAGAAGGUUGAGCAAGAGCUUUCAAAGAUAUGCGUUGAUAUAAUGUCUGUGCUAGACGAGCAUCUGAUUCCAUCUGCUUCCGAGGGUGAAUCAACUGUCUUCUUUAACAAGAUGAAAGGUGACUAUUAUCGCUAUCUUGCGGAAUUCAAAUCAGGGAAUGAGAGGAAAGAGGCUGCUGAUCAGUCUUUGAAAGCCUAUGAGAUUGCUACUACUGCUGCUGAAGCUAAACUCCCUCCUACACAUCCUAUCAGAUUGGGUUUAGCAUUGAAUUUCUCUGUCUUCUACUACGAGAUCAUGAACUCCCCUGAAAGGGCAUGUCACCUUGCUAAGCAGGCGUUCGAUGAAGCUAUCUCAGAGCUUGACACUCUGAAUGAGGAAUCCUACAAAGAUAGCACCUUGAUUAUGCAACUCCUUAGGGACAAUCUGACCUUGUGGACUUCUGACAUCCCGGAAGAAGCAGCAGAUGAUGCCCAUAAGACGAAUGGUUCUGCUAAACCCGGUGCAGGUGGAGACGAUGCAGAGGUAAAUGAUCUGAUAUGUGUGCACCCGCAGCAGCGGCACUGGACAAAUAGCCUCGACGAACAACUGAUGCGCGGUGAAUAAUAGCUAAAAGUAGAGGUCCUCUGUUUCCUGUAAUCAUUGUUGUCUAUGUUGUACUCUGGUUCGAGUGUAUUGGUUUUGGAUCAUCUGAUGUCUGUUUCAGGAUUGUGUCUUAUUUGUAAUUUGUAAUUCAAGACUGUCUUCUUCACCGAUUGCUCUCUCUUACUAGUUGUUCCUAUGGAUUUAUAUCUUAUAUUUCUUCAUCUCCGCUUCUUUCCUCCUCUGAUUCACGUUCUGUUACUGGUUGAAUCAUCAAC